AUGGCGGCGUGGGCGCGCCAGUUCGUGUCGCAGAAGAAGAAGCGGUGGGUGAACGCGGAGGAGAACAUCGACCUGGACCUCUCCUACAUCACGGACCGCAUCAUCGCCAUGGGCUUCCCCUCCGAGGGCGCCGCGGGGCUCUACCGCAACCCCAUGCCCAUGGUCCUGAAAUUCAUGAAGCUCCAGCACGGCCUCGACAACGUCAAGGUCUACAACCUGUGCAGCGAGCGCGCCUACGCGACGGGCGCCUUCCCGCACGCGCUCCGCGUGCCGUUCGACGACCACAACCCGUGCGCGUUCGAGCAGCUCGCGCCGUUCUGCGACGACCUCGACCGCUGGCUCGGCGGGCACCCGAAGCGCGUCGCGGCGAUCCACUGCAAGGCCGGCAAGGGCCGCACGGGGCUGGUCUGCGCGGCGUACCUCGCGCGCCUCGCGCUCCGGCCGAGCGCGGGCGUCGACGCGCCGGACGGCGUCGUCGGCGCGACGACGGCGCUGGCGCACUUCGCCGCGAGCCGCACGGAGGACGGCAAGGGCGUGACGAUCCCGUCGCAGAUCCGCUGGGUCCACUACUGGGAGCGCUACCUGCGGACGGGCGCCUACCGGCGUCCCGCGGCCGCGCGAGCGAUUUGA